AUGCCGGAAUCCAGGGUCGCCCUUUUUCUCGGUGUUGAUAUUACCAUCACAAUUCUGGCUCUGGGCGUGGUAGUGCUCAGAGUUGGACAUCGGUGGUUACAAAAUCGAGUCACAAUUUCGGAUUACUUGAUUAGCACGGCUAUGCUAGCCUCCAUGAUACAUAUGGUUCUCGAUAUUAUCAUAACGGCUGCAUUUGGCUAUGCCCGCCACCAAAGUGAUCUCCCACCAAAUCUCCAAGGGUCUUAUAAGACCUUUCUUAUGUUCUGGCUCAUCCAAAUAUUCACCAAACUUCCCCUACUGUUCAGCAAACUCUCUCUGACAUUUGUCUAUCGCGACCUCAUGAGCCUCGUCGACCAUCCCCUGGUUAAAUUCUCCCGCAUGGUCAACUACACACUGAUGGUAGUUCUCUCGGGCUUCUUUACUGCUGCAACGUUGGUGAGUAUGUUUGCCUGCAAUCCAAUCUACAAGAGCUGGUUUCCCAAGGUCCCGGGGCACUGCAUCGAUACAACUGUCAUGUUCAACUACGUUACUGGCUCCGUCAAUGUGUCCACUAGCAUAUGUCUUAUUUGCAUUCCUUUGCCGGUGCUAUAUCUGGCCAAAAAUAAGCGCAUUGAGAUAAAGCAGUUGACAGCUCUGGUUCUCUUCGGUUUGAUCGAUACUAUUAUCUCCAUUGUCCGCCUCUACAUGAUUACCGAUCUCUAUAAUGUGAAAGCGGAUUUUACUUGGCUCAUCAUCCCCACGCAUAUUAUGAUCGUCGUCGAAAUGAACAUUACCAUUAUCGCUGCCUCCGUCGUCGUCAUGCGGCCCUGCUUUCAAGCGAUAUUCGAUCUCGCAUUUCCCAUGUCUCUAUACGCCAGCCACAAUGCAUCUAGCCGCGGGGAAUCCAAUUACCAUAGCAGGAGGUCGGACGGUUACAUCAUGAGUUUAGAUGAGAACGAUAGCGGAGUGAGACGCAAAGAUUCUGCUGCUAGGCACGGAACAGGCGAAAGAAUUUUGAAGACGGUGGACAUCGAAUUGGCAAGUAAGGAUGCGAGUACGGAGGAUAUACUUAAAGGGGAUCGAUUACGCAACCCCAUGGAUCGACCAGAAUGGCACAGGUAA